CCUCGCCGCGUCCCUUUCUCCCCUGGAGCCGCCGGGCCGGGAAGAGGAAGUGGGAGCCGGGGAGAAGCGGAAAUUGCGGCAGCGGGAUCCGCCGGCAGCCCGGGAAGCGGCAGGGGAGCAGCAGGAUGUGGAAGGCUACUGCGGGCCACACCAUUUCUGUCAGUCAGGAUGACGGAGCAGAUGACUGGGAGACAGAUCCUGAUUUUGUGAACGAUGUGAGUGAGAAAGAACAGCGCUGGGGAGCUAAAACUGUGCAAGGAUCCGGCCAUCAAGAGCACAUCAAUAUUCAUCAGCUGAGAGAGAAUGUAUUCCAAGAACACCAGACCCUCAAAGAGAAGGAGCUUGAAACAGGACCAAAAGCUUCCCAUGGCUAUGGAGGGAAAUUUGGUGUUGAACAAGAUCGCAUGGAUAAAUCAGCUGUUGGACACGAAUAUCAGUCCAAGCUUUCCAAACAUUGCUCCCAAGUGGAUUCGGUGAAAGGGUUUGGUGGCAAGUUUGGAGUACAAACCGAUAGAGUUGACCAGUCAGCUGUUGGGUUUGAGUAUCAGGGGAAGACUGAGAAGCAUGCCUCCCAGAAAGACUACUCUAGUGGUUUUGGUGGCAAAUAUGGAGUACAGGCUGACAGAGUGGACAAGAGUGCUGUAGGGUUUGAUUACCAGGGUAAAACUGAGAAACACGAGUCCCAGAAGGAUUAUUCCAAGGGCUUUGGUGGUAAAUAUGGUGUUGACAAGGACAAAGUGGACAAAAGUGCUGUUGGCUUUGAAUAUCAAGGCAAAACGGAAAAACAUGAAUCACAGAAAGAUUAUGUAAAAGGCUUUGGAGGCAAGUUUGGUGUGCAGACAGACAGACAAGACAAAUGUGCACUUGGCUGGGAUCACCAGGAGAAAGUGCAACUGCAUGAAUCUCAGAAAGACUAUAAGAGUGGUUUCGGAGGGAAAUUUGGUGUACAGACAGAAAGGCAGGACCCAUCUGCUGUGGGGUUUGAUUACAAGGAGAAACUAGCCAAGCAUGAAUCUCAACAAGAUUAUUCGAAAGGAUUUGGUGGGAAGUAUGGUGUACAGAAAGAUCGGAUGGAUAAGAAUGCAGCAACUUUUGAAGAUAUUGAGAAACCAACAUCAACUUAUCAGAAGACCAAGCCAAUAGAAGCCGUUGCUAAUAAAACAAGCAGCAUCCGAGCGAACUUUGAAAACCUAGCCAAGGAAAAAGAGCAGGAAGACCGAAGAAAGGCAGAAGCUGAGAGAGCACAAAGAAUGGCCAGGGAGAAACAAGAACAGGAGGAGGCUCGAAGGAAACUGGAGGAACAAGCUAAAGCGAAAACCCAAACUCCACCGCCAUCUCCUGCCGCACAGCCAGCUGAGCAGAAGACACCCUCAAGCCCAGUCUACGAGGAUGCAGUUUCCUAUGAAGCAGAGUCUGCCUACAAGAAUUCCAGCGCAACGUAUUCAGCUGCACGUGAGCCAGAGCCCGGUUACAAAGCUGCAGAGUCAGAGUACCAGGAAGCAGUGAGUCAGCGAGAGGCAGAAUAUGAACCAGAGACUGUCUAUGAAGUGGCAGGGGCAGGAGACCAUUACCAAGCAGAAGAAAAUACAUAUGAUGAAUAUGAAAAUGAACUUGGAAUUACAGCCAUAGCCCUUUAUGAUUAUCAAGCUGCGGGUGAUGACGAGAUUUCCUUUGACCCAGAUGACAUCAUCACAAACAUAGAAAUGAUUGAUGACGGCUGGUGGAGAGGUGUCUGCAAAGGCCGAUACGGAUUGUUCCCUGCGAAUUAUGUGGAGCUGAGACAAUAAAGACUAUUGUCUACUGGUUAUGCCUUAAUUCCCCAGUCAAUAAAUCUGACUUAAUACACUACAAAUCAUGAUGCUUUUCUGAGGAUGGAGGGGUAUAUACAUAUGGCUUUUAUAUUUAAUACUUUGCUGAUGCUUUUUAAAAUGUUUAUGCCACAGAAAUUGCUAAUAUAUUGUAACUAUGUUCUUCACUAAGGCUCUUAAAAUUAUUUUCGUGCGUUUGGAAACGUUUCUUCUCUGCCAAAUUAGCAAUUGUCAUAAAAAGCCUUUUUGAGGACGAUUAGCUGUCUGUCGUAAUAUUGCAUGUUUUACUCAUAAGUGAACAGAUUUACUUAGUGUUUAAGUCUAGUUAGUCUUCCACUAAAUGUUUUCAGCUAAGAAAAUCAUGGCUGUGCAGGUUAUUUGCAUUUCCACUACAGGGGAGUGGGGAAGAUUGGGCAGGUGCAUAUUUUUUUCUUUCCUCUUCAGUAGUGCGUGACAAAGCAAAGAGGAUGCUUGAAAGUUGCAGCUAAUGGCAGUUAAUCAGAUACUGUCCAAUAUUUAUGGAAUAUUAAUAUUAGGAAGGAAACAGUCUGGUUACUUUUUCCUUCUCUUUUAAAGUGAAGUUCCUUGAUUCUUGCAUUGAUUCCCACCCCCCAGCUCCAAUCCUGCUCUUCCUGUCCAUGUUAACCCAAAGGAGGGCUGCAGACUUGAGCACUGACUAUCCUGAAUUUCUUUACUUUUUGUUUUACCCUCCUUUUUCGCAGGAAAAACUUGUAAAAGUUACUGUACAAGUGUUGAGUCACUCAGCAAGGUUCCUACUUGUUCAAAGGGAAAAUGGCAUCCCAAUCUGUGUGACAACCUGCAGGAAUAGUCUCAUUGGGAGAAAAAAAGGCAGGAUGGAACUGCAGUUGUGUUCUGUGUGCAAUACAUCCUUUGUUCAUACAAGGAAUGGCUUGCUGUGCAGUAAUGACAUUUUAAAUAACCAUAUUUUAGUCAAGGAAUGUUAAUACAAGUAAUUAGAUUUAAAACCCAUAUAAAUUAUCUCCAUUUUUAAACCGAGAGAUGACUUUCUAUUUGUUCAUCAGAAACUGCCAGUAACGUUCUGCUGAACAACAGAAUUAAACCUGUUCUUUGCCAAAACUAAAACUGACACUCUUAUCUUUGAGGAAAGCUGACUCACUGCAGAUUUAGGGUCCCUACCAAAGAUAGCAAAUUGCAUUUAAUAGUGUACGUGUUCAGUGUAUGUACUGUCUGUUUCCACCUUCUGAUCAAAAUGGGAAUGGCAGAACUGGUGUAGUAGUUCAGAAAGAAUGCAAAGAACUUUUAUAAACUGUAAAUUUGGACCAACACAAUAUAGAAGUCCUUUAUAAAAUGGUAAAAUGUAUUUAGGAAGAAGGCAUCACGUUGAACCAAUUCUUGGGUGGUCGGGACAAUCUGUAAUGAAUGUUAUGUGUGUCAUGAUUAUAUUUUUUUUUCUCCUUUUCAUGGUCUCAUUUCUGUGUUGUAUUUGCAUUACUAGGGUUGGGUUUUAUAUGCAGUUUAUUUUAUCCAAUUUUGCAUAGAACACCUCAUAGGGAUAUGAUUUUUGUAAAUUAAAUAUUCAAUAAACUUUUUGAACCAUU